CGACGCACCAAACAUCUUCCUGGUUGACGUGGAGAGGAUUGUUUAAUGGCAGAGAAUAAAGUCGAAAUGUCAACUGAAACCACUGUUCAAAAUAGUGGCAAUGCGCCUUCUCAGCAGAAUAACCCACUGUCUAGGAAACUCAAUAAAAUUCUGGAGACCAGGCUAGAUAAUGACAAGGAGAUGUUGGAGGCUCUGAAGGCUCUCUCGGUGUUCUUCACAGAGAACAGUCUUCGGACCCGUCGGAACCUGCGGGGGGACAUUGAGAGACGGAGCCUGAACAUCAACGAAGAGUUCGCCAGGAUAUUUAAAGAUGUCAAAGAGGAGCUUGAGAGCGUGCAGGAGGACGUCCAGGCCAUGAGCACCUGCUGUGGAGAGAUGACCAGUAGAUUGAAGGCAGCCAAGGAGCAGACCCAGGAUCUGAUAGUGAAGACCAACAAGCUGCAGGGAGAGAA